AUGCCGUUGAGAGAGGAAGUGUUUCGCGAGGCGCGUGAAGGAGGGGGUUCCGGGCCAUCCGGAAACAAGGCUGCAGGUCGACAACCUGCAGUUUGGGAGCAGCGGGAAGGUCUACUGCAGCAACUUGCUGCAAGUAUUGGGGGUGUUGAGCCUAAUGCCCCAUUAUCACCAACUGUAGCGGCCUUCAAAGCAGGGGCACCAUCGCCCCUGCUAAUCGAGGCCAUAUGUCGGGUGAUGGAGAUCCAGCUCCUCGUCCACAGAGCCGACCUUGACAACGUGAGGAGCUGGAAGUUCGGCGUAACGGGCGCCGUUUACGAAGUUAUCCGAGAAGCCGACGACCGUUACGCCGCUUUCAUCGGGUUCCCUUCGCUCCAAUUCGUUGAUUCGGAGCAUUUCACUCACCAAAUGGAUCAGUGGCGAGUACCGCUCCCGAUCAACGAAUUGGAGCGGGUGGAACACCGACCAUCACCCGACCCCGAGCCGCGACCCGCCGAACCAGCGAUACCACAGCCCGAGGAGAGAGAAGAAGAUUUUAACGAAUUCUUUAUGGAUGGAGAUGAGGAUAACGACACUAACGACGAACCAAUUAACAGCGCUAACGACAUUAACGAACCGACUAACGACGACAGUACUAACGAAUCCCACGAAGAAGAGGGGCCUGCGGAGCCCCAUUACUACUUACGCAGGCCCCACGUCCCACAUCAGCCAAGAGAGCAGCCAGAGCCGCAGGUCUUCCGGCCGCGGAACAUUGAAAAUUUGCGGCCGGAGCAUAAAGCCGAGCUAACGGCACCAGGCGCAGAAGCUUACCACGUAAGCGACGACAAUUCCAUCUGGUGCCGUCUAGCCGGCUGUGCCAGGCCUAACCAACCUUUCAAGACGGUUAAGGCCUGGAAAAUACACGUGCAGAGGGCCGCGUGUCACCGGGAAGAGACCCUCUGCACGUCCUGCGGCCAUAACGUGGCCCUACCCUCCUCGACGCACCCUUCGGCCGCCGAUAUCAAGACAGUCCUGGACGCCCAUAAAGCCGAAAGGUGCGUUGGCGUCACCAAAAGGGCGUUGGUGGCGCGUAAAAUCGCCGCCGAGCGUCUCGUGAUUCUAGGCCGCGAUAACUCGCACAUCGCGGUUCUAGAUGAAGACGCAGACGAGGUUCAGGUGCCGACGAAUCCUCGCAAGAGGCACCUGGCCUCCGAGGCGGCGUGGAGGGCAGAGCAGUGCUGCCUCUACCUCAAGCGGUUCAAGGCCGACCAUCCCGAUUUGAUGGAGCAGAUCGGGAUGGAACACCAGCUCGUCAUUCAAUAA